UAAGCCAUUCAAGAGGAACAGUGCAGGAUUAUCCUCUGCAUGAGCUCCAGACGCACUCCACAACCAAGACCGCAUUAGAAACAAUUGCUGAACUAAAACAUUAGAGGCCAGUAAUAUCACGACAGGACCUGUGUAAUGAUAUCUGGAUUAUUUUACUCUUAAAAGUUCCUACCAUUGUUUGUGAAUGGGUUCACCGGUGUGCUUGAGGAAGUCCGCUUUUCUGCAGACGUGUUCAGUCUUGCCUCCCAGCACCCAGCACCAUGUCUGGCUCUUACGAUGAAUCCGCUGUCACUGAUGAGGCCAUGGACAGCUUUUGGGAGGUGGGAAAUUAUAAGCGUGCUGUCAAGAGAAUUGACGACGGUCAUCGACUCUGCAAUGAUCUUAUGAACUGCCUUCAGGAACGUGCCAAGCUCGAGAAGUCCUACAGCCAGCAGCUCACCGAAUGGUCCAAAAGGUGGAGGCAACUGAUCGAGAAAGGGCCUCAGUACGGCUCUGUGGAGCGGGCCUGGUUAGCCAUGAUGACAGAGGCCGAUCAGGUGAGUGAAUUUCAUCAGGAGGUGAAGAACGGUCUGAUGAACGAGGACAUCGAGAAGGUGAAGAACUGGCAGAAAGACUCGUACCACAGACAGAUUAUUGGUGGCUUCAAGGAAACCAAAGAGGCAGAAGAGGGCUUCAAGAAAGCACAGAAACCCUGGGCGAAGAAACUCAAAGAGAUGGAGACGGCAAAGAAGACCUAUCACAUGGCAUGUAAAGAGGAGAAACUGGCUGCAGCCCGUGAGGCAGAUGCAUCUGUGACUCCUGACCAGCAGAAGAAACUCCACGAGAAGACAGAGAAAUGCAAACAGGACAUGCAGAAGGCGAAGGAGAAGUACGAGAAGUCUCUGGAUGAGUUGUCGAAGUGCACACCACAGUACAUGGAGUCCAUGGAGCUGGUGUUUGACCAAUGCCAGCAGCACGAGGUCAAACGACUGACCUUCAUCAAAGAGGUUCUCCUGGACAUCAAACGACACCUAAACCUCACUGAGAACCAAAACUAUGCGUCAGUGUACCGUGAGUUUGAACGAACCAUUCUGGCUGCCAACACACAAGAGGAUCUCCAGUGGUUCAGUAAUAAUCACGGUCCUGGCAUGCAUAUGAACUGGCCCCAGUUUGAGGAAUAUAAUCCAGAAGCCACCAAUGCUGUUGCCAAGAGAGAAAAGAAGAAGCCAGAUGGAGUCGCCCCUGCUACUCCGAACACAGAGCAUGCAGGCCAACCAGGAGACCGCGGCAGUGUGAGCAGCUAUGAAAAGAACCAGGCAUACUCCACAGAAUGGUCAGAUGACGAGCAGCCCGCGGGGUACUCGGGGAACGAGACGAACGGCGGUGCGAACUCUUUCGAGGAAGACUCGAGCAGCAGAGGAGGAGUGCGGGUGCGAGCCCUCUACGACUACGAAGGCCAAGAGCAGGAUGAGCUAAGCUUCAAAGCAGGGGAUGAAUUAACAAAGAUCGAAGAGGAAGAUGACCAGGGCUGGUGCAGAGGCCGUCUGGACAGUGGCCGGACAGGCUUAUACCCGGCCAAUUAUGUUGAGGAAAUCUGAUCACCUGACUGGAGGACAACACACUUUUGGAGGCAACUCUGAUUGUCUGAUCGAACAACAUGGCAAAAAUGCCAGAGACUUAACAUGAAUGACUUUCCCUGAAGAUGUGCAAUGCAGUCUUGUUUAAAAUAAAAAUAGAAAAAAAUUCUUAGUAAAGAUAGCCACACUGUAUAUAUUGAUCUGGGAGGCGGGGAAGAGCUUGCUCACUACUAAUAUCUAUUUGCAAAUAUUUAAAAAGCAUAUACAUGGGUGUAAACGAGCAGAUGUGAACAAAUAAAUGACCCAUCAGUUAUGCACGUGCAGGCUACACAUUAUUGGUGCAGAUAACAUGUUAUUUGAAAUUAUAUUACAGACAUUGGCAUAAAAUCCAACUGCACAGAUAUUCACGUAGCUACUCUGCUGUAUUUUAGUACAAAGAGUCAGUGUGCAGAAAAUGACUCACAAUGGGCUAUUGGGCUUUCCUCUUUCUCACCAUCAGUCCAUGCUUUGUUGCGCUGAUUAUUAUAUUAGGUAUCGUUCUCUUGAUGUCUGUGUCUGAAUGCAUAGCAGCAUGUGCUAUGGAGCAUGUAGCCGUUGAUUCUUUAGGCCAUCUGUACUGUAUGCAGUUCCCACAGUGACCACAGAGGACAGCAGACUCACGUCAACCUGGAAAAUCUCAGGCUACGUUCAGAACAAAAUACUACAUUAACAGUAGUAUUGAUACUGCAUACUGUUUUUAAAGAUAGUAUGUUAAAUAGUAUGCAUUAUGUAUGUAUGCAGUAUGUGGUAGACCUUAGUCAGGGUGGUGCCAUAUUUAAUUUUUGACAGAAAUGAAAUUGAAACUAUGAGGGACUGACAGUGCCAUGUGUUCAGUGGAUUGUAUUGCUUCUCCAGCUGAGGAAACAUCUUUAUGGAAAACAAAUGGUUUGAAAGUUGUGAAAAAAAAAAAAAACGCAUGAUCUAGGACCUUUACACAGUGCGUGUCAUUGUAAAGACUGUAAAUCUCUCCCUCAUAGCCUCGUUUCCAUCCGUGUGAAAUUCAACAUGGCUUCUAACCUGACUAA